GUAAGAAACAAGUUGUACGCUUCGCUUGAACGCUCCCAACGCAAGCGAUGCUGCUAUAAAUAUAAUAGUUAAUAGAAAAUCGGUGUGACGCUCCUGCUUUGACAAAUUUAUAUAAAUACAUAAUACACAUGCAUACAUAUGUGUGUAUGUAUGUAUGUGUUUAAGUACUCUAUGUGCAAUUAAAAUAAAUAAUUACGUUCUAGCAGAAAAGUACUGGCCGAUUACGUUGGAAAUAAAUUAUUAAAUAAAUCAAAACUCAUAUACAUAUAUUAAAAUAUAUAUGAAAUAAAUUUAUAAUUUUUUGGUCAUUUUCGUUUUUGAAAAACUUUUGGUUUUCCAGUCGCGCGCAACAAACGUGCUUUGCGCUUUUAUAGCAUUCUGUUGCAAUUAAAAAUUCGAAACGUGCGUCUGAAUUACAACGAUUACUGCAACUAAUCGAUUAAUUACAACCGAAAUAUUUGUUUAACAACAAAGACACGCGUCAAUUUAACGUUUACAAUUGCACAUCGAAGGUGUUCAUAACAUUUUGUGUUUGUGUGCAUGCGCGCGUGUACAUGUGUGUGUGCUUUUGAUCCUUGCGCACACCUGAUAAGCAGUUUCUAGUCGAAAAAGCAACGCGGUUCUGCCAAAUUUCACUUCCUUGUAUAACGUUUUACUUAUCAAAGUCACAAAUAAACAGAAGAACCCAUACAAAAUGACGCGACCGAAGGAGGAUUCGAAGUUCAAAGCAUUCAUGCGAGAGAACUCGCUUACCAUGCUCACAGUAACUGGUGUGUUCCUUGGCGGUUUUGUGGGUUUCAUCAUCAAGAACAGCACAGGCGAGUGGACGAAGCGUGAGAUUAUGUACAUAUCCUUUCCCGGUGAACUUUUCUUGCGCAUGCUGAAAUGCUUAAUUGUGCCAUUAUUGGUUUCAUCCAUAACGAGUGCCAUUGGUGGACUCGAUCUGAGUAUGUCGGGGAAGAUUGCUAUACGCGCCAACGCUUAUUAUUUUCUCACAACAAUCUCUGCCGUCGUUUUGGGCAUUUGUCUGGUAACAACAAUACGACCUGGACAAGGUGCAAAAAUUGUGGAAGUGCGCACUGAAUCUGUGGAUAAAGCAUCGAAAGUUCUAACGCCCGAUACGCUUAUGGAUUUAGUGCGAAAUAUGUUUACGGAUAAUAUCAUCCAAUCGACAAUGUUUCAGUAUCGCACGGAAAUUUUCGAAAACACGAGUAUAAGUCCACCAGUACCGAUGGAGGAGUGGGACUUUAAAUCAGCACAGCGUGAGGGCUCGAACGUACUUGGAUUGGUUAUGUUUAGUGUAAUUUUGGGCACAACAAUCGGUCGUAUGCGUGAAAAAGGUCAAUUGCUACAAGACUUUUUCACCUCACUAAGUGAAGCUAUGAUGACUAUAACAUCCUGGGUCAUUUGGAUUUCACCGCUCGGUGUGGGUUUCCUUAUAGCUGCCAAAAUUAUUGAAAUGGACUCAAUAGCAGCCACUAUACAAUCUUUGGGUUGGUACUUUAUAACAGUAAUGCUGGGUUUGUUCCUGCACGGCUUCGGUACGAUUGCUGUGAUAUUCUUCUUGGGAACUGGCACACUACCUUAUCGUUACAUUGCCAAAUUGAGUCAAGUCUUAGCCACUGCUUUUGGUACGGGCUCCAGUUCGGCCACCAUGCCACUUACCAUUAAAUGUCUUGACGGUAUUGGUAUCGAUCCGCGUGUUACACGUUUUGUCAUCCCCGUCGGCGCUACAAUCAAUAUGGAUGGUACGGCAUUAUAUGAGGCCGUGGCUGCGCUUUUCAUUGCGCAAUAUCGUGAGAUGAGCUAUUCUUUUGGCAAUAUUGUUGCGGUUAGUAUUACGGCUACGGCCGCGUCGAUAGGUGCCGCUGGUAUACCACAAGCCGGUCUUGUAACUAUGGUGAUGGUGUUGGAUACUGUGGGACUGGAGCCGAAGGAUGUCUCGCUGAUUAUAGCUGUCGAUUGGUUGCUGGAUCGCUUCCGUACCACCAUCAAUGUCAUGUGUGACGCCUUGGGCACCAUUUUGGUUAAUCAUCUAUCGAGAAACGAUUUGCAAAGCGUCGAUCGGUUGAACGCUGAACCCCAUGAGCUCCUCGAACUUGGUGCGAAUGGGCAUGAAACGAAAGAAUGAA